UUCUCUCUCUCUCUCUCUCUCUCUCUCUCUCUCUCUCUCUCUCUCUCUCUCACACACACACACACACACUACACACAAUAGAUAUAUGUAUACACAAAUACAUACACCCAUGCACUGUACAUAGAUUAUGAAUUGAUAAAUCUGUAUUUACGCUGUUGUCUCCUUCAGAAACAAGGAAAAACUGAUGAAUUUCUGGGGUGGCAAGAACAAGGAGAGAUGGAGACUUUAUUGUCCUAAUUAAAAAACCCCCUCAAAUUUAACAGUUCUUUUUGUUAUAAAUUUGACCCAUCUUCUUGUUUUCUUCUUUUUUGGUGGGUUCUCAAGGAUUACUCUUUUUUGGUUUAGAGAGAGAAACAAAGCCCCAGAAAGAGAAACAGCAGAGCUGAUCAGCAAGAAUUGGAAAGAAUAGUUUUGCUAUGCAAAAUGCUUAUCAAAUUAUCUAUUUAUAGCAACAGCAAGUUCUUGUGAUCAAGUGCCAUGGCUUAUACUAAUUCAAGAUCUGUAAGAUUCCAUGAUGAUGUUGAAUUUUCAAAACUCCCAAUAGCCAACGGCGAAAAUGUGAUCAAAGUUAAGUAUAAAAUAGAUGGAACACGAGUAGCGGAGUCGAGCUCCAAGAAGGGUGAAAAGUCGGGUAACAGCGGCAGCAAAUCAUUGAAAGCUAAAGUAUUGUCCCGAGUCUUCUCGGAGGACUAUGAGAGAGUGAAGAAAAAGAUACUAGAUCCUCGAGGACCUACUGUUCGUCGAUGGAACAAGAUUUUCUUGAUAGCUUGUUUGGUGUCUUUGUUCGUCGACCCUCUCUUCUUUUACUUGCCAGUGGUAAAGAAAGACAUUUGCAUAGACAUCGGUUUCACUCUUGAGGUUAUCCUAACAAUUGUAAGAUCAGUAGCAGAUAUCUUUUACAUGAUUCAGAUUUAUAUUCGUUUUCGCACUGCAUAUGUGGCCCCUUCUUCUCGCGUUUUUGGCCGAGGAGAGCUUGUAAUAGACUCUUCAAAAAUCGCUUCGAGAUACUUCCGAAGGUAUUUCUGGAUCGAUGCUAUUGCUGCUCUUCCGCUACCUCAGGUGUUGAUUUGGGCUGUUAUCCCUAACCUGAGGGGAUCGACAAUGAUGAACACGAAAAACGUCCUGAGGUUCAUUAUCAUAUUCCAAUAUAUUCCGAGGCUUUUUCUUAUAUUUCCACUUUCGUCGCAAAUUGUCAAGGCUACCGGUGUUGUCACAGAAACAGCAUGGGCUGGAGCUGCUUAUAAUUUGAUGCUCUACAUGUUAGCAAGCCAUGUAAGUAAAAGGAACUAUCUUGAGCUCGUCCCAGAAAGCAUUCUUCUGUUGAUCCCAGAGCCUAACAUCGUUUUAAAAUUCCAGAUUUUAGGAGCUUCUUGGUACCUUCUUGCAAUUGAGAGGCAAGAAGCUUGCUGGAGACACUCCUGCAAUCUUGAGAGUCCAUCCUGUCAGUACAAGUACUUUGACUGCCGUAGGGUUGCGGACAGCGCAAGAAAUGCCUGGUUCCGGUCGAGCAACAUCACAAAUCGAUGCAAUCCUGAAAACAGCCUUUACCCUUUUGGUAUUUAUGGAGAUGCUGUAAUGGCUGAGGUUACAACCGCUAAGUUUUUCAAUAAGUACUUCUACUGUCUGUGGUGGGGGUUGAAGAACCUCAGUUCUCUGGGACAAAAUCUUGGUACGAGCACCUACGUUGGAGAAAUUAUGUUUGCCAUCAUUAUUGCGACUCUUGGUCUGGUUCUGUUUGCCUUGCUCAUAGGAAACAUGCAAACAUACCUUCAAUCGACGACUGUUCGACUAGAGGAAUGGAGAAUCAAGAGAACUGAUACUGAACAGUGGAUGCAUCACAGGCAGCUACCGCAAGAGUUAAGGCAGUCUGUGCGGAAGUAUGAUCAGUAUAAAUGGGCAGCGACAAGAGGAGUUGAUGAGGAAGCUCUGCUCAAAGGACUUCCUUUGGAUCUCCGGAGAGACAUUAAACGCCAUCUCUGUUAUGAUCUAGUUCGACGGGUUCCACUGUUCGAUCAAAUGGACGAGCGGAUGCUGGAUGCAAUAUGCGAGAGGCUCAAACCGGCCUUAUGCACACAAGGAACAUGUCUAAUGCGAGAGGGAGAUCCUGUGAACGAAAUGUUAUUCAUAAUCCGAGGGAAUCUCGACUCCUACACAACCAACGGUGGCCGGACUGGUUUCUUCAAUUCAUGCCGCAUCGGUCCUGGUGACUUCUGCGGCGAGGAGCUCCUGACGUGGGCGCUCGACCCUCGUCCGAGCGUCAUCCUUCCAUCAUCCACCCGCACAGUGAAAGCCAUCUCCGAAGUAGAAGCAUUUGCUCUCAGGGCAGAGGACCUAAAAUUCGUGGCUGCUCAGUUCAGACGACUCCACAGCAAACAACUGAGGCACAAGUUCCGAUUCUACUCCCACCAGUGGAGAGCUUGGGCCGCGUGUUUCGUCCAGGCAGCAUGGCGGAGGUAUAAAAAACGGAAGAGUGCUGCUGAGUUGAGGGCUUUGGAGAGCCUAGUGAUGGAAACGGAAACAUCUAAUGGAGCAGGAGCGGAGAAAGAAAGCCCUGCUCCUGGUUCAGGAUUUUCUGUUUAUGCAGCAAGAUUGGCUGCAAGCAGGAGAGGCGUCCACCAUAAGCAUAGCGAUUCUGGUUCUGGAACGGUGGGAUCGCUGCAGAAGCCAGCAGAGCCUGAUUUUUCGUCCGUAGACGACGAUUGAUUUGUGGAGUAUAUAGCGUUGAAGAAGUCAUGAUCGAGAUACAUGUAAAAUUGAAACAUGUGGAUUGUUUGACACUAUUCUUUAAACAAAAUACUAAGUUAGAAGUAGAGACAUUGUAUGAAACAGGAGAAAAGGGCUGGUUAAGAAUGGAGAUGCAUGCAUGUAAAUGAAGUAUGAUUGAUAUCAAUGGUUUUUACAUUUUUAAGCCA